CUGUCUCUCACUCACUUCCUCAUUACUCACCAUCCCUUCUUCUUCUUCUUCUUCAUCGUCAUCAGUAAAUCUGUGUGAUAACCACCAUGGCUUCUUCAAGGUUCAGUUUCACAGAGCACUGGCUUCUUGUGGCCGCCACGGCUCUUAUAUGUGGAUCUGUCAGCUACAUUAUCUACGACGCCGUCAUGGCCACCGCCUCCGAGCUGCUUCAGCGCCUUCUCAUCAUUUCGCCGUUGCUGUUGAUCAUCGUUGUCCACUGCCUCUCCUCAGGUACUCAGCUCAACUUCCCCAUGCCGGGAUCUGAACCCGCCGCCAUCCACCGAGCCGGAGGCUCCCCUUGGGGCGUCGCCUUUGUCCUCCUCAUUCUCUUUGUCCUUAUCGCCUAUCAACCUUCAUUCCUCAAUCUCGUUUCUUAGCUCUAAUGCCAUGCAUGCUUUCAUGUGAUCAUGAAAUUGGGCCAUGUACAUUCAAUAUCUAUGUCUCACUCUGAAAUAAUAAUAAUAAUUAAGAACUUGAUCUAUGUAUAA